AAUAUUUAAAAAAAUAAAUAAAUAAAAAAAUCCAAGACCAAAACAUACUCUCACAAAUCUUUGAGACCUCAUCUCUCAGCGUGAUCUUACAAGUGUUCAGUACAAGUGUUGUGUUGGACGGCCUUGAAAUGUGAUUGAAAAGCAGCUUUUGAAUGUGAAAGCAGCCAGGUAGUGUUGAAUAAAAGUGACUUAAACUGUUGGAGAUCCAGAGAAGUAGAGCUUGAAAAGGUGUGUAAGUCAAGUAAAACUGUGUGCAUGUUUGAAAUUCAGGAGUUUAAAGUGUGAUUUGCAAUUGUGAGACAAAUUGCAAAGGAAUGCUCACAAUAAGCUGCAGUUUUUUUCUUGCUCACCUGACAUCAUCCCCUGGUUUCUAGAGUGUGAAUUUUUCAUCCUUAGGCCAUUGAGAUGUUUAUUUUCUUUUUCUCAAGUCAGGGAUGAUUAUAUUUAGAUGAGCAGACUGAGUGAUAAAAUUUCUGAAAACACUGCCAUGCAUCCAUAAGCUGCAUGAGUGCAAACUUUCUAGAUACUCUUUACCUCACAUCAAGUCAUAAUACACUAUAUGGACAAAGGUACUGGCCACUCACAGGUCAUGAAACAUGGCGUGUUUACGAUGCACCUCAGCAUAAUGGCUUAAUGGCUCACUUUGGCUGUAGUCGGCGCCUAAUGUAAAGAAUAAAGUAACAUGCCUGACGGGACAAGUAGAACAAGAACUAUUCUGUGCUGGGAAAUAACUGAGUAUCCAGUUCCUUUGAGGUUGAAUCCCCACCAGCACCUUUAACUGUUUACGCUGACAGACACAUGGCAUUGCAGAGGUUCCUAUUAACGACACAUUUUCUCUUCACAAUGACAAACAUCAUCACGUUGCUAUAUGGAGCACAUGGAACGGCUUCUUGUUAUGUUUCAGGAGAUAAUUAGUGCUCGGAACAAAAGAGGGCAAGUAAAAUCAUGUAUGUCUCCCAUGUAACCUUUGUGGAACAUCAUAAAGGUGCGUUUGCUUACUUGUAUCUAUUUACAACAUAGUUGACUAAACAUUGUUACCUCACUGAAGCUUUACUUAUUUUCUUCAAAAAACUACUCUCGCAGCGCUGCCAAACUGGUUGAUAUUGUAUCUCGCAUCACACCAGAAUUCCCUACAUUUUCAGCUUGAGUGUGUCCGAUCAGAUUACCUCUGCACUAUACACCACUGUGCACUUACGGCAACUAAUUGUGGAGCUCCUUUCCCCACUUGCACGCAGGAGUCAGAGACCAAACUACAUCCAACAAUGUAAAAUGAGAGGUAACAGUGAGGGAGGGGGCUUUAUAAUACUGCAUUGUACAUCAAAAUGUUGAAAUUUGUGCUUUAUCAAAUGAUCUGAUCACGAUAAAGCAAUCGGAGCUUUGAUUAAAAAGUUUUUGGUAAAUAGUAGGGUAAAGAUUUUUUUAAAGAUUUUUUUUUUUUUGCUUCGUUUUAAAAUUGUUUGCUUGUCUCUUUGAUUCGUUGUGACCGGUUGCCUUAUUCCCUUACCUUUACAACCACCCACCCAGCAUUUUUCUGUCCCCCCACCCCGCCACACAUCCUGGAAAUCAUAAAAAGCCUAGAAUAAAGCCGACUGUGUUCGAAAGUGUCUAAAGCCCGUGAAUGUGCUUAUCACACCGCAAUCAAACCUGUUGGCUGGUUGAGUUCCGAUCAGUGUCAUGCACGUCUGUAAGCAGCAAAGGUUACCUGCAAACAGCAUGCUAAUUAUGCAAACGCAGCAGCUAUACGAUGGGAUUUGAACAGGCUCUUUGUACUUCCCCUCUUGGGGGGGGGGGCUGGUCAGAGGUAACAGAAGAGUAGAAAAGACAGGCGUUACCGGUGAGGGAGAAACACUCACUAUGACCUGUGUCAGCAGAUCUCUUCCAGUUCUUCCAGUCAGGGAGCGCUGUUGGAUCUCCUCGCUUCCACUCUGCACUACCAGAAUGGUUGAGCCCAGCCCUCCAGCACUUCACAUUCACUCCAGUGGGGAUGUCAACAUGGCAGGCGUUGGUGUCAAAGUAGAACGUGAAGACUCUGGGGGAGGGGCUGCAGUGGAUACCAGUGGCGAACUUCGUAAAACGUCUCCUUCGCGUGAUUGGUCAGGAACUCAGCCCCUUGAGGCUCGCCAGUUGACCCCACCACUGUCUCGCUCCCCUUCAGAGGGAUCUCCAGGGAAAGACCUGCCUCACAGACAGAGCCCCAUGGGACUGAAGGAACCUAGGAUGCAUGAUCGAUCAGAGGGACAAUCCAACUUGAAAGAAGUGAUGCCUACCAUUGAGAAGCUGCUGAAUGCUGACUGGAAGGACAAACUCCUGGAUAAAAGCACAGUGGGGUCAGGACAGCUGAAAGGUACCCCCGAAUCUCUGGCAGAGAAGGAGCUCCAGCUGUUGAUGAUGAUCAACCAGCUGAGUGGUCUGAGGGAGCAGCUCCUGGGAGCCCACUCUGAGCAGAGAAACAUGGCCGCCCUGUUGCUGGAGAAACAGCAGCAGCAGAUGGAGCUGGCUCGGCAACAGCAAGAACAGAUCGCCAAGCAGCAGCAGCAGCUCAUCCAGCAGCAGCACAAGAUCAACCUGCUUCAGCAGCAGAUCCAGCAGGUGAACAUGCCCUACGUGAUGAUUCCAGCUUUCCACCCCACCACCCAACCCCUCCAGGUCAACUCUGACCCCCAGAUGACCUUGCCACUGCAACCGAUCCCCUGCAAGCCGACUAUGGACUACUCCAUGCAGCUGCUGUCAAACACUCACCCCACCCCCGUGAAGAGAAGCAGUGGUUCCCUCCGACAGGAAGCAAGUCAGCCCUUGAACCUGACCUCCAAGCCCAAGGGUCUGGAGCUGGGGAAGACACCCAGUCCACAGAGCCUGGAGCUGGGAUCACUGGCGCUGCAGGGGGCAUACAGACCCAGAGAUCUCCAGAGAGAGAUCUCCCACAGUCCACCACGAUCUGCGCUCAGUUUCCUGGGAGACGGCGACGUGGUCACCCAGGCUAUCCACGAUGCCCAGCAGCUCCUGAGGAGCCACGGCAGUGCGGGGCGGGAGAGGGACCGGGAGAGAGAAGUUGGCGGAAAGGCGGAUUUUAAGGUUUCUCCUCGCAAUGAGAGGAUGUCUCAGAGUGAGAGAGGUGAGAACAGACAUGGCCUGCCGUCCACUGAGGACCACCUCAGCAGUGAUUCUGAGGGUACCCUGAACGUUUCGGUCCCAGGCGGCUACGCUGAGGCACGGCCGCCUCCCUCCUCAGGCCACAUAAAGAGACCCAUGAAUGCCUUUAUGGUGUGGGCCAAGGACGAGCGCAGGAGGAUCCUGCAAGCUUUCCCUGACAUGCACAACUCCUCCAUCAGCAAGAUCCUGGGCUCGCGGUGGAAAGCCAUGUCUAACCAGGAGAAGCAGCCUUACUACGAAGAGCAGGCGAGGCUGAGCAGGCAGCAUCUGGAGCGCUACCCCGAUUACAAAUACAAACCCCGACCCAAACGGACCUGCAUAGUGGAGGGACGGCGGCUGCGGGUGGGCGAGUACAAGGCCAUGAUGAAGAGCCGCCGGCAGGAACAGAGAGGGACCUACGGGCACAGUCAAACGGAGCCACAGCAGAUCCAUUACCCCCACAGCGAUGGCCAGUACCCAGGGGGUAGCAGCUCGGUCUCUGUCGCUACCAUGCCUUUUCACCCCGCGCUACUGGAGCAUUACCUGCCGCAAGUCCCGCCCAUCCCUCGCAGAGCUGAGGGACAGACCACACCCACCUCUCUGCCUAGGGAGAGAGAGCGGGAACGCAAGAGGGAGCGACCGCCAUACAGCGAAGGAGAGGAAAGUGAUGGGGGAGAGAGGAGUGAGGGGGAACUGGUGCUCCUAACGGACUAAAGAAAGGCAACUGGUAGAGGACCCAGGAAAAGGAAAAUUAAAGAUGAGGGAUAGGAUGAGAGGGGGGUAGCUGAGGUGGGCGGGUUGCUCUUUGAUGAAUGGCAGUCAGAGAGGAGGAAUGGAGGAUGAACUAAAGAAAUGGUGAGGGAGUGUGUGAAUGGGGGAAUAAAAAAGUAAACGUCAUACUCGCCCCGUUGUAAAUUAGCCUAUUCUCCAGUAAAACCUCGCCUACACAAACGCAUAAAGGCAAGCUUUUAUCAUUUCCCUUUACACGUAUCAUGUCAUCACAUGCUUUGUGUCAAAACUUUGGAGUUAUAUUUAUGAAGGUUUAUCAUUUAAUCCCUUCUGCUUCUUGUUUUCUCCCCAUGUUGACUUAUGGCAAACAAAAUGCCCCCACAGGGACUGGAAUUAAAGCAGAUUGAUUAAAAGUUCAGCAGAGUGCCUGUUUCCUCCUGUCAGACAGCUGAGGAUCAGCCACUCUGGGGUUCAGUAUGUCAGCUUUGCCACCUGCUGGAGAAGAGUGGUUAUUACUACUGUUGCCACACAUCCUAUUUAAGCUACACCACAAAUCAAACUGGAGGGAUAAAAUAAUUUGGUGAUUAAAGGUGCAUUUCAGCAGUUUUGGUACUGUGUGCUUUACGGGAUUAAAAAAUAAUGGUCAUAUUCAGUAACAGUUGCCUCGGGCCAUAGGAUGGUUCAAGGCUGAAAAAAAUAUAUCCUAUAUGCACACUGUCACUUAAAUGUGUGUGCGUUUGUAACUCAGGCUUUAUGUUAGAAAUGUUCAGUCUUUAAGCUCAUCACUGCACACAAAUGUGAUGCACUAAAAGUAAAGGAUAAACAGCCUGCAGGAGGCUGAAACAGCAGGUAGGGCAGCAGCAGUAUUAACAUGUCAGGGGGAGAGAUUCAGUCAUCUGGCCAGCAGACACUGCUGCUACCUUCCCUGAGUCUGUGCAGUGAGCGUUGAGAGUGCUUAACUCUCUCUGACUUUGCUUAGUCUAGCUAACGACAAAAAGCACAGAUUGCGUUUGGCACACUCUUAUUCUGCAUUUGCACCAGUUGGAGAGUUAGCAUGAAAGGUUUAUCUCAACAAUCCUUCUCCCCAAAUUUGCAUGAUCCAUGUUCGAUCUGAGCUAUCAGCCUUUCUACACAUCCAAUUGGCAGUUGUUGCAGAUCUGCAAGUCACUUUGCAAACCACCUUUCCACAGGAUUCUCCUUAUGUACUGAAUCUGAACUAAUCCAUUGUCAUAUCUGCCGCUCUGUUGUGCACAGGGCCCUCCCAUCUCUGGCUUUCUAUGUAUGGAGUGGAAGGGCGUCCCAGAAUAGUGACAUGCCAUAUAUAAAUAUAUAUACGACAAUCUUUUAUGUGUAUAGAUUUAUAUAGCACCAGCCAAAAGCAAAGCUAGCUUUGAGCUGAUAAAGCAGGACUUCAUUCAGGGUAGUUCAGGACGUGCUUUUUUCAAAAGUCUUUUUCUGGUCAGACAGGCCUUGUUGCCCAAAAGUAACGUACAAUUAAUCAACACUGCAACCUCACCAUCAUCCUCCCACAUCUCACUGUUAGUUUGAGCCAUGCUGCUGUCAUCGUGUGUCCAUCAGUGCCCUCUCCACAGCAUGGUGGGCUAACUUCAGCCUAUCCUAUUUUUUUAUACCUCUGUUUGCUUCUUUGCAUGUUUACUGGAUGUCGUGUUGAACACCUCGUAUCUGUGUAUCCAAAUGUCUGCUGUGUUUUUCUUCUGAGAUGCAGCCUCUCGCAGCAUUAUUAUUAUUAUUAUUAUCAUUAUUAUCACUAUGCUUUUUUUUAAUCUUUAAAAAUGUUUGUCAAUUUCAUCUAAAAAGGCUAAAGUAUUCCUUUCAUCGUCUUUUACGUUCCUGUUCCUGUAACAGAGAGGCAGAUCAUCCCCAAAACUGUGAGGCUGUGUCCCUAAUCACUGCUUCUCUCCUGCCUUAGAUCUGUUAUACACAGCAGUCAGCAGCAGGUUUUUGGACAACUGACCUUCAUUUUGCAUUGUUGAGUAGUGCAAUGCCAUUUAACACACACUCAUACACAUGUGUGUGUGUGUGUGUGUGUGUGUGAGUGUGUAUGAUGUAAACUGAGAGUGCAGUAUAGAGUAAUUAGGGAGUGGUUUUGGACACAGCCUGUGCCUCAGAUUGGAGAGAGAGCUGUUGUUUAUUGGUACAAAACCCCCAUUUCCUUAUGAUGGGAACAAAUGUUUAUCUAUAAAAAUUUAUAUAUAAUAUUACCCAAAGCAAAAGGAAGGUAGAUUUAGCAAUGAGAACUCCAGACACCAUAAUCAUCCCUGCAUCCUUAGUAACAUUUACUUCUCGUAAGCACUUACUAGUGUGUAUUCUUUAGCAAGUUUAACAUGCUGAAAAAGCAAAACUAGGUUUUUUGCAGUUAGUCUGCAUGUAAAAGAUGGACUGGGACUUUACCCAUUUGUUUUGCACUUGUGACUGAUGCCAUGUUAUUUCUUUUAAAUUAGUAAUUAGCUAAUGCUGGCAAGCUUGGCUAGCAAGUUACAAAUAUGGACAGGUGUAACUGACUGCUUAACAUUGCCAAUUAGGUUUUUUUAGGCAACCCCCCCCCC